AAGUGGACAUGAUGUUUCUUUUCUACUUUAGCCACACAAAAAUAGGUUCAGUCACAGAGACAGAGACAGUGUGGGAGAGUCACAUAACUAACAGAACAUUUGAUUAUUUUUAUUUUCUGGAGUGGAGUUUGUGAGUCUGGAUUUAGAAUGAAGAUCCUCCUCAUCUUCACCUUCUUCCUGAUUAUAGCUGGAACUGAUGCUGUCACUACAGUAACUGGAUACAGAGGAAGAUCAGUUCAGAUUAAAUGCCCCUAUGAAUCUGGAAAGGAACAGAACAAGAAGUAUCUCUGCAGAGGUGAAUGUCCCUUUGUGGGGUAUAGAGACAUUCCUGUUCAGUCUGGAUCUCCUCCUAAAGACACCAGAUUCUCUCUGUAUGACAACACAACAGCCAGAGUCUUCAUCAUCACCAUCACUGAUCUGAGAACUGAGGAUGGAGGCACUUACUGGUGUACGAUAAACCAGAAACUUGCACAGGAUAUUUACACAGAGAUUCUACUGCUGGUUAAAACAGCUGGAACUGAUGCUGGAACUACAGUAACUGGAUACAGAGGAAGAUCAGUUCAGAUUAAAUGCCCCUAUGAAUCUGGAAAGGAACAGAACAAGAAGUAUCUCUGCAGAGAUGAUCCCACCAUCAGUUCCGUCUCACACACCACACACUUCACUCCAACCCAUGAAGACACGACACAUUCAGUAACAGAUAAGCCACUGAAUUAUACCACUGUCACAACCCUCAUGACUCCCUCAUCUCAGGGAUUCCAAACUGUUCCUGUCAUCAUUGCUGUGUCUGUGGUUCUAGUGCUGCUUCUCAUCACACUUUUAUUGACUUUAGUGAUACAGUGGAGAAAGAAGACCCAAGCUUCAUCUCCAGCCCAAUCCUUAAAAAGCCCCUCAAACCUCCAAGUGCUUCCACUACCAGUUUAUGACUACGAGGAGAUUAAAGACAGCAGACAUGUUUCUAACACACUUUACUGCACUACUGAGUUACCCACAAUCCUCCCUGACUGUUCCGACACUAUUUACUCCAACACCGAAUUACCUACGGUCCCCUGUGAUUCUUCACAAGCGGUUUAUUCUACAGUACAAAACCCAACAGAUUCUCCUGAGCAGGACUUCUACUCCACAGCUCAGUUACCCUCAGCGGUCAGUGCUACUUCACCAUCAGUGGUGAAAUCAGGUGAAAGUCCAAUGUAUGCAGCAGUGAGAUUUGAGACCGGCUCUUAUGGUGCAGCUCCAACAGCCACCUACAAGAAUGACAGCAACUCAUGUGACUAUGCUACUGUUAACGUCACUUAAUGUGGCUAGUUAGCAUACAGUGCUAAUCAUUCUGUGUUAUUUGUUAUUUCUAGCACUCAUAUGUAUUAUAUAUAUAACAUAUUAUACUUCAUACCACCACUGUACUGUUUAUUUCUCAAAUCUGAUUGGUCAGAAUGUAUUAAAUCACAGUCCUGAUCACAGUGCAAUAGAUAAAAAGUAGGCCAUCUUAUAUUUUAUGUUUGUUAGGUUUUAAAAAUGUCAUUUUUGGAAAAUAGAUACAACACCUGACACAUGCUAUUAAGAAUAUGUAUAUGUUUAUUUAUAUGUAUAUAACCCUUUUGAUUAUGGAUUUUACACACAGCUUUAUUUUCCCAGUUUCAAGAUGUUUAGAAAACCAGGUUUCAUUUAUUACUUAUGAAGGUUGAUGUAGCUGUUAAUAGUAAAAUGUGUGGCAUGUACACUUUUUUUUUUAACUGGAUGUAUAUCUGCACAUAUUCUUUCACUUUUGUUAGCAACAUUAUACAUGAGUCCCAUUAUAUUUGUUUUUAUUUUUUUCUGUUUUUCCUUUAGAUAGGUGUUAGAAAUGUUUUCAUUCAAUAAAAUAAAUUGUACUCUUUCAACACAGCAUAAGUGUAACCUGGGAAUAUGAAACAAAGUCAAAAUCAAAGUCAAAAAAAGCUUUAUUGUCAUUUCAACCAUAUAUAGCUGAUGCAGUACACGGUGAAAUGAAACGUUCCUCCAGGACCAGAGGUGUUGCACAGAAUAAAACAAAGUACAGGAGAUGCAGACAAACAUAGAGCUAAACUAUAUUUAAGGUGCAAUUCUUUAAAAACUCAACAUACAACAUAAGUGCACAGGAUGACAAGACAGUGCAGACAAACAAAACACAUAACACCACUAUGUGCAAAAAGGACAGUGUUAGACAGUGGACAGUGUUAGACAGUGGACAGUGUUAGACAGUGGACAGUGUUAGACAGUGGACAGUGUUAGACAGUGAGGAAACAGGGUUAGUGACAGUGAAUAUAGCAGGAGAAGUUACUAAUUGUAGCAGCAGAGGUUAUCUUAGUUAUGACAGAUACAAUAUACAAAUACAAAUAUUUAAAGUGACAUGUGCAUGCAAACAUGAUCAAUUUUGUGUGUGUGUGUGUGCUUGUGUUUGCUUUUGUGUGUGUGUGUGUGUGUG